AUGGCCGCUGCUAGUGUGUCCAUCUUUGCGCUGUUGGCGAGCCUCGGAACCAUCGUUGGGUGCGCUGGGUUGACGACGAAAGAACCGGUUUCGAAACCUUUUUGGGCACCCAAGCAAUUGUUUCUUUUUUUUUUAGUUGCAGAUCUCCAGAGGCCUACGACUUUAUACUCUGGUUCGGAACCGCCGGAGAAGAAUAAACUGGUAGUCAGCGACUCGGCGCUGCUCGGCCGAGAGAGAGAGAGUUCAGAGCCUCAAAUUAUCAUUACUGUCAGGCAAUUGGAUCAGUACAGCUGCCAGAUUAGUCUCCCAAAACCCCACAGGGUGUCUGAUUUAUUCGAAAAUCGCCGAAACUCUGAAAAUUGUGUAAGGGUCAGAGGGAUUUUAUGGUGUGGGAUGACCAAGCAAGGUGAGGACUUGGUACCAGAGGAGGACAUGAUACAUGAGGAAAAUCAAGAUACCGCAGCCGAAUUCGUGACACGGUUUCUUAUGAUGUCUGAUAAAAGGCUGGCAUUGGACAAGAUUGUCCAUUUCACGAGGGAUUUUGCUCUGCCAGUUGAUUUCAGGACCAAAUGGUUGCACAAAUAUCCCCAACAUUUCAAGGUGGUUAAAGAUAAUGAGCAGUUGAGCAUUUGGAAUCCUGCGUGGGCGAUAACCGAGCUGGAGAAAAAGACAAUGGGGAUCACUGAGGCCAGUGAUGAUCAUGUCCCGGGCUUGCUUUCGCUCUCUUCUCCGUUGAAGUUCCCCCCGAAUUACAAAAAGGCAAACACGUAUAAAGGAGCAAUUGAUCAUUUUCAAAAAGGUCUUACUUAUCUCCAUAUCUACGAUGCACGGACACGAAUACAAAAAUACGACACGAGGAUACGAUAA